AUGGACGGGCUUCGGGUGAAGAUGUCUGCUCUGACACCUUUUGCAAAGAAACACAAAAUCACCGUUGUCGGUUCCGGAAACUGGGGAUCGACUAUUGCGAAAGUUGUUGGAGAAAACACUCUAGAACACCCCGAGCUGUUCGAACGGGAGGUGCAGAUGUGGGUGUAUGAAGAGGAGGUCGAAUUGGACAAGAAAUCAAAACACUACGACGAAUCCUCCGAGUUCAGCAAAGGGAAACACAAGCUUUCAACUCUCAUCAAUACCUUCCACGAGAAUGUUAAAUACCUUCCUGGAAUUGCUCUACCUCAUAACGUCGUUGCCAAUCCUAGCCUGGUCGACUCGGUCAAGAACUCUACCAUUUUGAUUUUCAAUCUGCCUCACCAAUUUAUUCUCAACCUAUGCAAACAGCUCCGUGGCCAUAUCCUACCCUUCGCUCGAGGCAUCUCGUGCAUCAAAGGUGUCAAUGUCCACGAAUCCUCCAUCAGCUUGUUUUCCGAGACUAUCGGAGAGGAACUGGGAAUAUACUGCGGUGCCUUGUCUGGAGCAAAUAUCGCCAGCGAAGUGGCGCAAGAGAAGUUCAGUGAAACCACAGUGGCAUAUGACCCGCCAUUGAUGGACUCACAAUCACCUACACCCGCCACAUCUCAAGGUCCUAGUCCCGCUUCCAGCCAUGUUGAUUUGACAAAAUUGGUACAUAAGGAUGUCUCGGGCAAACCAUCAAAGGUCCAGCUCAAACCACUCCCUGCCGAAUAUCACUCGAUCGACCAUGACACAUUGAAGAAACUGUUCCACCGUCGGUACUUCCACGUGCGGGUAGUCUCUGAUGUGGCUGGCGUCUCCCUCGGUGGUGCUUUGAAGAACGUCGUCGCUGUGGCUGCCGGCUGGGUCGAUGGUUUGGGCUGGGGCGACAAUGCCAAGGCAGCAGUCAUGCGAAUUGGUCUCCUGGAGAUGAGAGAGUUCGGAAACCGAUUCUUCCCCCACACGAUUCAAUCUGACACUUUCACUGUCGAAUCGGCGGGAGUUGCAGAUUUGAUCACCUCGUGUUCUGGUGGCCGCAACUUUCGGUGCGCAAAAAUGAGUAUCCAAGAGGGCAAAUCAAUCGACGAAAUUCAGGACAGGGAGCUGAACGGCCAGAAGCUGCAAGGAGCAUUGACUGCCCAUGAAGUAAACAAAUUCCUCAAGCACAAGGGAAUGGAGAGAGACUUUCCUCUACUUAGUGCUGUAUACGACAUCCUGGAAGGCAAGGAGAAGGUUGAGAAUCUCCCCGACCUGAUCGAACCAGAAGACGAGUAA